UUUUAGCAAGAGCUCAGAAGCUGCGGUUGGGCAGAAGGGGUACAAAUUUCCGAUAGGGAUAAAGCUUUCAAUUCGCCACUGUAUCUCGCCAUCGAUCACCACGAAAUCAAUCAAGCUGAAAUCCGUUUCCCCGCCGGGGCUCUCUUAUGCCUCACCAUCUCAUUUCACCUUCCAAGAAUUCCAAGAACUCCAACUGCUAUAGUGUUUGACCGCGACAACCCCACCACUCUCUCAAAGAACAAACAAUCUCUGCCUGCCUAAUCCUCCUCCCGAUUUCAGUUCUUGAUUCUCCUCAAUGCUAAAAGCAAUACAGGUUCUGAGUUCAUCUUCUUCGUCAAGGCUCUUCGGUUGUCGAUGGAAACCGCUUGCCACUAGCGGUCCUGCCAUCUCCCUCUCCGCCAAUCCAUUAUCCCACCAUUCAACUACUGCUCCUCGGUUCAAGUCUUCUUCCCUGUCAUUGCGACCCGUUUCGGAUCGUUCUUCCGAGCCCGUUCGCGUCUACUCAACUGGGUCCGACCCAAAGAUGGAGGCCGCCCCUUCUCCUCCUUCGCCCUCGCCUACUGCUUUGUCGGCUGCAAGUAGCCGCAAGAUCAAUUUUUGCCAGUGGUGUGGUGGAGCAACGAAGCAUGAGGUACCCGAUGGAGAGGAAAAGACGAGAGCUAUCUGUACGCUCUGCGGGAAGAUCGCAUACCAAAACCCUAAAAUGGUUGUUGGAUGCCUCAUUGAGCAUGAUAACAAAAUUCUGCUUUGCAAGCGAAACAUCCAACCAUCAUUUGGUCUUUGGACACUUCCUGCCGGAUAUUUAGAAGUUGGAGAGUCAGCCAUGGAGGGAGCAAUGAGGGAAACCUGGGAGGAAGCUCAGGCAGAGGUGGAAGUGCUUUGUCCUUUCGCACAACUUGAUAUCCCCCUAAUUGGUCAAACAUACAUAAUUUUCUUAGCUAAGCUGAAGAAGCCCCACUUUUCACCGGGCCCAGAAUCAUCAGACUGCCAACUUUUUUCUCUUGAGGAUAUACCAUUUGAUUCUUUGUCCUUUUCAUCGAUGGUGGUGACUCUAAAAUUGUACUUGGAGGAUGUCAAGUCUGGCAGGCUGAAGUUUCACUAUGGCACCAUUAACAAGAGGCCUGGCACAAGCCCAUCAGAUAGUCAUGCCUAUACACUGGACAAUCAUAUGCAGUCCUGACAAGCCUGAGCUGCUUUCAACGAUCUUGGGAGGCCAAGUUUUUAUUCAGACCUAUGUCAGACUUGAGUAUGAAACCUGUUAACAGUGCAAGUGAAGACAUGUAACCCAUGUCCACAAAGACAAUGUACAUAGAGAUCUUUCAAUUUACCCUCUGUUUGUCUGUUGAAUUUGAAGCAGAGUCAUGUAACC